AUGGCCAAUAAUUGGGUAAAAACUCCUACAUCAAAUUUGACCAAUUGGCAGAUCUUUACGAACAACGGGAAUUUCAAUAGUCCAUUGGCUCCUAGUCAGCGACUCACUAACCGAUGUGUAUUCCAUACUAUUGGCUCAGAUGUCGACGAUAUUCGUCACCAUUGUCGAUCAGCUAGAAGUCGAAGUCAAUCGGCAUUUGACACAAGCAUCGUGCGAGUACGAAGUGCUCGAUAUGUUACAUACAAUGGCUUGCCACAAAGUCAACCAGGAUCACUUAAUGAAAGUCGAAACACUUGA